AUGCUUCGUGAGACGCCGGAGGAUCCCAACGAGUUCACUUUCAGUGCCGCAGCCAGCGCCUGUGAGAAGGCAAAUCUCUGGCAGAGUAGCCUCGGAUUGCUCUUCGAGCUGCGGCAGCCGAAAAUGGCCGUGGGUGAUGUGGCUCUUUCAGAAGAUCCAGCACCAGAAAGACCUGGAUGUGGUCGUCUUCGGUGCCGUGAUCACGGCUUGCGAUGCCUUGGGGGGAAGGUACUGGCAGCUGGCCCUCCACCUCCUCCAGCGGGCGGCUGCACGCGGAUUUUGGGGAUUCUGGCCGGGCGAGCACUAAUCAAGCCCGUGGAAAGGGAGGAGGCCUUCCUCUUCCAGCACCGCCUCCUCCACCUGCGCCUCUGCCUCUAG